CCGUCACCUAGGAAAAGUAAAGUGAGGUUUCAAAAAAAGGGAAAAUGGCGGAAAAACUUCAGAAUCUGGAACUCAGCUCAGAAGAACUUGAUCGCUUUACUAAAGCAUUUCAGGAUCCAAAGUUCCGGGAGAUGUUCGUGCAAUAUGCCGAGGAGAUCCGCGACCCCGAGAAUCGGAGAAAGUAUGAGCAAGAGAUCUCCCAAAUGGAAAGUGAGAGAGGGAUGGACAUCAAAUUUAUUCAUCCAAAACCCGGCUACGUGUUGCUGACCAGUGUCAAUGGGGUGCAGAAAUGUUAUCUGAAUAUCUGCAGCAAUGAUCUCCUCCAGAAGCCAGAGUGCAAGCCUGGGAAAGACGGAGAAGGCAAGGCUGGGCUGCACUGGUCUCUCCCGUACAGUUUAUCAGCAGGCAGGGAGGAUCUGGGCAAAGAUGGCAGCAAACACGUUAUCUAUGAUGUAGUGUUCCAUCCAGACACGCUCCAUAUUGCCAGCAAGAACGAGAAAUUCAAGAUGAUCGUUGACAGCACUUCUUUGGAAGCAGUUGCCAGCCAGUUUGAUGUCAAGUUAGACAAAGCAAAUGUCAGGACACUCAGCAUGAAAUAUAAGGGUGUACCGAAUCCAUCUGUCUUGCGAAAACCUCUUCUGGGCACCACCCCUAAACAUGGGGACCCAGAAGACCCCUUAUCUUUCCCCUAUCCAUAUGAUGUUCCAACUGCAGUAGGCAAAGAGAAAAAGGACCAGAAGAGAGUGAUAAAAGAAGAGCAUAAACAACAUGUUACAACUUCAGAACAAGACCCCGACAUACAGAUUGCUACCACCCCUAACUAUACUGUGCGACACAGAUCAUACGUCGAUCUGCAGGAUUUCAGAGAUUCUAGAGACUCUACACCAAGCCCUGUACCCAAAGAACUGGUAAUAACUGUUGAUUUGCCCUUGCUAAAUUCUGCAGAAAGUGUCAACCUUCAUAUAGCUGGCAAAAAUCUAAGCCUAGAGUCCGAGAAACCUGCUUAUAAACUAAAUGUGAAACUUCCCUAUGUUGUAGAAGAUAACCAAGGCAAAGCUCAGUUUAACAAGGCAAGGAGACAACUCAUCAUCACUGUGCCUGUGAUCCAGCAUAAUAUUUUGACUUUAAUGCAGGACCAUUUCGAAGAGGCUAGAGGAGAGAAAGAUCUAAGAGGAGCUGAAUCUAGUGUUCUACAUGAAGAGUAUACAGACAAUGGUAGUAGAACAAGUGCAUGUGGGACAGAAAACAAAUUAGAACCAUUAAUCUCAUGCCUCAAUGAAGAGGAAAAUAAUUCUGAAGGACUAACAUCAGAAUCUAAUCUAGAUACAGGAGCUCCAUAUCUGCCAGAAAUUUCACCAAAUCAAAAUACUCUUGACAGAGAGGAAGUAGUAUAUGGUCUGACUGAGGAUGUCCCCAGUAUGCCUAGUGAUACCCUUGUGUGUCCUACAUUCUCAUGUUCACAAGACCCUACAUCCUUGACAUUAAUAGCACAUGUGAGAGACAUAGAUGAGAACAGUAUAAGUACAGAUGUGGGUUCAAACCAUUAUCACAUCAGAUGCAGUGUGAAACAAAGUACUUCUUCAUAUGAUUUGUUAGUAACAUUUCUUCCCCAUGAUAUAAUCAACCCAAAUGAGGUCUACGUUAAUAUUUCUGAAAAUAAUGCUCUUAUUGGACUAACAAAAUCUCCUGAAAGCGUUGGAUUCUGGAAAAUGCUGUAUUUUGGUGUCAGUGGCCAGCCAUUGCAGGAGAGAAGAUUUGUCAGUGAAGAUAACAUUAAUGAGGUCCUGGCAUGCAGCAUUCCAUUGUCGCAAGUUUCCCCAUCUACCCAAGAACAUCAGCCACUGAUAGAGGUGCUUGAAAUGACUGAUGAAAGAACCCACAUUCGGAUCAAUAAACCCAAAACAGAAUGUGUUGUCAGUGCUGAACAUAAAGAGCACUGUACUGAUCAUUCAGAACAUGAGAGGGAUGUCGGCGUGGAAAGGUCUAAUAUAGCUGUGGGAGACACUACUGAACACUACUCAAAUCAAGUUUCCCCUUGUAGAGAAAACACUGAGCUGGACAGGGACCACACUUCUGAAAGGUAUGAGGAGCCUGAAUCUACUUCCUGUACUGGAGAAUCUACAAGUGACCAGCAGCAAAAGGAUUCCAAUCUAGUCUUUCCAGGUGACUCCAGUGCAGAAAACAAGAUGGCCUGCUUGAAAUCAAGUGAACAAACAACACAGGAAAGUGACUUGGCUGAAGAUGAUAUGCCCGAUCGGUCAGAUCAUACACAAAACUUUGACUCUCGGCCUGCUUCAAGCAGCGUUUUAAAAGAAAUUGGCAAAAAAGAUGGUAGCGUGCAAGUUAUCCGUGAUCACACAACACAGUGCCCCUUUCAGUUCCAAAAUUCAUUGCUGUUUGACCUAGACUGAUUAUUUAUACUGUUCAUUUCCAUACAGUUACUGGGAACCCAGCUAGAACUGCUGUCUCAAGUAGGAUUUGACUUAUGAAAUAAACCUUUGCACUAAUGAGAGAUCCAAUAUGGCUGUUUACUGCAAGAGUAUGUGUUACAUAUGCAAGUUAGACUAGACAGCAGUUUUAUAUAAAUGAAGAUUGGUGUGAAAUGGAUUUUCUGGAUGUUUUUUUUAAAAUGUUUUCAUCCAAUGGGCAGUGCAAGCAAAAAUGAAAUUGGACAUUUUUUUAGUGAUAAGUUAUUGUUACCCUUUAACAUUUAAAAGUCCCUACAAAUCCGAAACAUUAUAUCCACUCCCUCUCAUAGGUAACUAAUGUUUAUCUCCGAUUCGUGAAGGCAGUGGUUAAUUGCCUAAACGCCUGGCACAGAAAGGAUUUAUUAUUGUGAAUGUAAAAAGUAGGAGAUUUGCUUCUAUAUACAAAGAGAUAUUCUUAAACCAUAACUUUACUUCAUUGUUGUAUUCCUUUAUAUAAAACACUGGUUGUUGAGUUUCUAAAAUCUGCUGAUGCAUUCUGCUUUAAAUAAAAAGGAAAAUCUAUA